AUGCGUAGAGGACAAAGAAUUAGUGAGAAAUGGCUAGCAUAUGAAUCACUGAAAGAGGAGAUUUUAGAGAAGAUACGAAAAAUUGAAGAGGAGAGGCACACAGUAGACCUCUGGUCCUGCAGGGCGGAAUGGGGGCGGAAGAGAAGAAAGCGAAUUCAGGUGACGGUGUCCUCCCCGUACGUGGUGUACAUGUUGCCAGACGCAGACAUCAUGGAAGACUGGAGAUUGGUCAGAAAACUGUUGGAAAGAACCGACUAG